UUUUCCAAGGUUUCACACGGCUUUUUUAUUAAAAAGUGUUAAUUAUUUCUCAAAAUGGUCACACACAUCAAAGACAAGAAUGAUUUGGAGAGCAAGCUGGCAGAUGCUGGGGACCAACUUGUGGUCAUUGAUUUCUCUGCCACCUGGUGUGGUCCUUGUAAAGCCAUUUCUCCAAAAUUAGAGGAAUUGGCUAAGGAACAUGCCAAUGUUCUCAUCCUGAAAGUUGAUGUAGAUGAAUGUGAAGAUAUUGCCAUGGAAUACAAUAUCUCUUCCAUGCCAACAUUCAUCUUCAUCAAACUUAAAGAGACCAUCACUUCCUUCAGUGGGGCAAACUACGACAAAUUGAAGGCCCUGGUCUUGGAGCACAAGUAAAACCUCAUCUAUACUCACAUUGAAAUUAUAAAAUUUUUGAUUAGUUUUCUUAUAUUUUUGCAAAUCGAGUUACAGAAAAAUACUAUAAUCACAAAUUCACAUUUUAGAACAGUGCCUAAUAUUACGCAAGUGUUCUUAAGAUGAUUUAUGUCCACAACUCCAUGUGUAUUAUUGUUAAACCUA